AUAUAUAUUUAUGUACCAAGCUGAAGAGGACGAACAUCGUCCAACACUGUUCAUCAUGUCGACUCCCACUCUCCAAGCUGUUCUCUUCGCUGUUCUUGCAAGCCUCUUCGUCUCCGCUCGCUGCGAGAAUCAAUCUUGGAAAGGUGUUGCUCUGUUCGUCUUGGGCGACUCCAUUAACGAUGCGGGGACCAACAACUACAUAAACACCACUGCAGGUUUCAGAGCAAAUUUUCCUCCUUACGGCGAGACGUUCUUCCGCAUUCCCACUGGCAGAUUCUCCGAUGGUCGUCUCAUCGUCGAUUUCAUCGCUGAAUAUGCAAAUCUGCCGCUGAUUCCACCAUAUCUCCAAAUGAAAGAUGAUGAAUUCAUGGGAGGGGCGAAUUUCGCAUCCGGCGGAGCCGGCGCUUUGGUUGGCACUUCUGAAGGAUAUGUGGUGGACUUGAAGACGCAGCUGAAGCAGCUUGAACAGCUGGAGAAGAAGCUGAGGAAGGAGAUGGGGAGCGAGAAGGCGAAGAGGAUAAUUAAGGACGGUGUCUACUUAAUUAGCAUCGGAACCAAUGAUUACGGGAUGCCUCUCUCUUAUCCAGCUCUGUUUCAGUCCAUUUCCAUGGAAGAUUACGUGGGGAUGGUGAUUGGAAACAUCACCACUGUGCUCAAGGGGAUAUAUGAAGUAGGAGGAAGAAAAUUUGCAAUGAUUGGAGUGGGGCAAUUUGGCUGUGCGCCAAGCGGGAGAGCAUCAACAAGAAAUGGUUCUUGCUCAGUCGAAGCCAACAAUGUAGCAAAGCUUCACAACGUUGCUCUUACUUCAGUUCUUACUAAGCUUGAGAUUCAACUCCAAGGAUUCGAGUACUCCUACUUCGACUACUACACUUCAGGCAGUAAGAGAUUCCAGUACCCAUCAAAAUAUGGUUUUAAGGAAGGGCAAAUCGCGUGUUGUGGUUCGGGUCCUUAUAGGGGAAAUUUCACCUGUGGGGGACAGAGAGGAGUGAAGGAAUAUUCAUUGUGUCACCAUCCUGACAAGUACGUCUUCUUCGAUUCCGGCCAUUCGAGCGAGAGAGCUAAUCGGCAGUAUGCGCAGCUGAUGUGGAAUGGGAAUCUGAGUGUAGUCGGACCUCGCAAUGUGAAAGCAUUUUUCAAGCAUGAGGGUGCUUGAAUCUUUAUUUUGUUCUUUCUUGAAAUAGUACUUAAA